GCCCUUAUUUUUAAAACUCUCUUCUUCUCUUUCUCCCCACACGACGAUCGCCAAUAGAAACCCUAGAACACAGACCAAUCUGUGCCGGCGGCGAAGGCACCAAUGGCGACGAACAUGCCAAACUUAGAGUGUCGAAUGUACGAAACUCGGUACCCGGAGGUGGACAUGGCGGUGAUGAUUCAGGUCAAGAACAUCGCCGACAUGGGGGCCUACGUCUCACUUCUCGAGUACAACAACAUUGAAGGCAUGAUCCUCUUCUCCGAGCUCUCUCGCCGCCGCAUUCGCAGCGUCAGCAGCCUCAUCAAGGUCGGCCGCAUCGAGCCCGUCAUGGUCCUCCGCGUCGACAAAGACAAAGGCUACAUCGAUCUCAGCAAGAGGAGAGUCUCCGAAGAGGAAAUUCAGACCUGUGAAGAGAGGUACAACAAGAGCAAGCUCGUUCAUUCGAUUAUGCGUCAUGUCGCCGAGACUAUGAUUCUCGAUCUCGAGGAUUUGUACAUUCAUGUUGGCUGGCCUUUGUACCGAAAAUAUGGUCAUGCUUUUGAGGCAUUCAAGUUAAUUGUUAAUGAUCCUGAUUCAGUUCUUAAUUCCCUCACCCGUGAAGUUAAAGAAACUGGCCCUGAUGGAAAGGAGGUGACUAAAGUGGUUCCUGCUAUGUCAGAGGAAGUUAAAGAUGCGUUAAUAAAAAACAUUAGGAGAAGAAUGACUCCACAGCCAUUGAAGAUUCGGGCUGAUAUUGAAAUGAAAUGUUUCCAGUUUGAUGGUGUUCUUCACAUUAAGGAAGCCAUGCGGAAAGCUGAAGCGGCUGGCAAUAAAGAUUGCCCAGUGAAAAUUAAACUUGUUGCUCCUCCAUCAUAUGUUCUUAAUACCCAGACACUUGACAAGGAACAAGGCAUAGCAAUACUUAAUAAAGCAAUUCAAGCAUGCUCUGAAGAAAUAGAGCGGCACAAGGGAAAACUUACUGUAAAGGAGGCAGCUAGAGCAGUGAGUGAACGGGAGGAUAAACUACUUGCUGAACACAUGGCUAAGCUAGGUCGUGAAAAUGAAGAGGUGAGUGGCGAUGAAGGCAGUGAAGAGGAGGAAGAUAUCGGAAUGGGAGAUAUUGACUUGGAGAACUCUGGCACUGGGAUAGCAGAUUGAGAAUGCAACUUAGGUGAUGACUGAGAUUUUUUUUAUUUUAUUUUUUAAAAAUCUUAUACUGUUACCUUUACUUUUCAACUCGCGAGUGUCUGAACUGAUGUAGAAAACCUGUGUCAAAAGUAACCGCGUUGGUCAUUUUUGAUUUGGCCUAUGUUGGCCAGUGUUCUCUUUUUUGCCAAUAUGAUGUUAAUUCAUUUGCAUUACUGUUCAA